UGCAUACAAACUCCAAAGACUUUAACGUGAAACAAGAUGGCAGAAGCAGAAGGUAGUAAGCAGAGCAAUAAACAAGUUAAAAAGCGGACAAGAAAUCCUUCUGAAUGGAAACGAGAAAAAAGAAAACGGCUGAGAGUGGCUGGAAAAGCAUACGUGAACAGUAAAGGUGAUAUUGUGGAUGAGAGAAAAAUCGGUGAAGACUGCAGAUGUAGAAGAAAGUGUUAUGCACUGGUAACUGAAGAAGAAAGACAUAAAUUAUUUGUUGGUUAUUAUUCCUUAAAUAGCCAUGAUGAACAGAAUGCUUAUCUUUUUGGCCUAAUUCGAAAAACUGAGAUUGCUCGAAAGAGAAGUAAAGAAAGUGAUCGCCGCACAUGUAGCUAUAAAUAUUUUGUUCGAACCCAAGGCAAGGAAAUUCAAAUUUGCAGACUUGCUUUUGCCCAUAUCCAUGGCAUUUCACCACAUAAGAUUAGGAUUCUGUGUCAGAAGCAAGAUCAAAAUAUUAUGUUCCCACGUGAUGGUAGAGGAAAGCAUGACAACCGGCCACGUAAAGUUUCGACUGAAACAUUGACUCAAAUCAAGGAUCACAUUUACUCCAUCAUUAGGUCUGAUAGGGUGAGGGAUUUUUUGAAGGAGGAAAAACAUAAUGGUCCAGAUUUAAACAUAACAAAGAUGUGGAAAGAUUACUUAGAACAGUAUGAUCCAAAUUUUUAUGAACUGCAUCUUGGCAAUGAAAAAAGUAAUAUUUCACAUCCACCUAAUGGCACUACAAUGUCUCAUGAAAGUGUUCCCCUGCCCGGUUUCUCUGGAAUAGAAAGUCAUCAUGGUCUUGCACCUCAGCAUGUUGGCCCCUACUCACAUGCACCUGACCUAACACAUUUUCAGAUGCCAGGGAUGAAUCAUAACAUUGGUCUUAUGGGACAUCAAAAUGAAUCUCGAUAUAUGACCAGAGAACAAGAACCUCACACUAAUCAAGAAGAAAAAAAACGCCACAUACCAAUUGUAAAACAUUGGUUGUACAGUAGGGUAUUUCAUGAGGAAUUCAAGUUUCAUGAUUUCCUGUCUUUAAAGAAGAAACUUUGGCAUCUAAAAGAUGCUGAUAAAGUGGAACCAAGUCAGAUAAUAAAUAAAGCAGAAAGAAAACAGAAGUCACCAAAGAAGAUCAGUAGAGAGAAGGAUUCUGGUAUGAAUGUUGUUGGUCUUCAGACAUUGAAUCCAGUGGGUACAGAUCACAUGUCUGCAUCAGCUCAUCACAAUCAGUUGCAAUCCCUUACUACGUCACAAGACAUGUAUAUACUACCUGUGAACCUACAAGACCUUCAGUUACCACAGGCAUCUGACAUGAUCUCUCAGCAACAUCACGCUAUGCAGCUCAAUCUGCAUACGUUUUCCACACAAUCUAAUGUUCUGAGCCCAUUAAUGAAUGUCCAGGGACCAGGGGCACAAGGGCUUCAGUGUUCCAGUGUUGUUACCUUGCCAGGAGGAACUAUGAGUUUAGCACAGAAUUCCAGUGGCUACAUGAAUGUUAAUACUGCUUCAUUCUAUCAGUGAGAAGCAUGCAUGGAGUAUGAAGAAUAAGAAAUAGAAAUGGGAACAGUAUUGUUUUAGGUAUGUGCUACCUUAAUGCCAUCAGAUACAUAAUUCUAAAUACCCACCUUAUAUGGGAGCUGGGAUAGCGCAGUCAGUAUAGUGACUGGCUAUGGGCUGGACAACUGGGGUCUGAGUUUGAGUCCGGAGGGUCAAGAAUUAUCUCUUCUCCAUGUUGUCUUGACCGGCUCCGGGGUCCACCAAAAAUCCUAUCCAAUGGGUA